AUGCCAUCCCGCUAUUUCAAAAGUUCUUUUGCGCGUUCGCUUUCGCUAAACAACAACAACAGCAGCAGCAGCGGCGGUGGCAGCGGCGUUUGUCUGACAUUGAGCAAGCAGCAGGCAGCGCAGUCGACGCCAAUGGAGGCGAAGCAGCAGACAGAGCGUGAGGAGCAGGAGCUGCUUAUAGAUUUGAACUCUUCAAUGUCGCUGCGCUGCUUGACGCCACCGCCAGCGCUGCCUGCGCGACGCUACACAGCGAGCAGCGGCUACAAUAACAACAACAACAACACUACACGCCACAAUAGGCGGCAGCUGUUGAUGAUUAUAAAACUUUGCCACUGGCAGCCAAACUCAGCGCCAGAUGGCGCCACUGCAAGCGAUUGGGAUGCCAGCAGCAGCAACCAACACCACAGCAACAGCAGCAGCAACUUGUCACAGCAGCAGCAGCAGCCAACAUUAAAUGUCGAGGCGGUUAUAUUGCAAAAUCAGGUGGACACAUUGCAUUGGCAGCUGAAGCAGACGGAAACAAAUUGUGAAAUGUAUCGCGCUGUCAUGGAGGAAGUUGCGCGCUUCUUUGAGCGCUAUCAGCAACAGCAGCAGCUGCAGCAGCAACAGCGUCAGCAGCAACAGCAGCAAUCGCAAGUGAAUCGCCACAGUUUGAGCGGCGAGCAAAUCUCACGCUCCAAGAGCUUGCAUCAUGUGCUCAGCAUGCCGGGCGACUGCCAAGAGGAUGCCAUAGGCAAUGACAGCGCAGCUGCCGCCAACUCCAGCUCCAGCUCGUAUCUGCGUGCGCGCAGCAGCACAAAUCUGAUGUUGAACAAGUCCAUGGGCGAUCCAAGCUACGAGAGCAUUGCGCCCGCCGGCAGCUACAAUGCCUUUAAGGACUUCACCUGGCGUCGCUCACCCAAAAAGUUUGGCGCUGGCGGCUGCAAGCAGCGACUCUGCACACCCGAGGCCAUCGAGGAGAAGCUCAACCAGGAGGCUUUUCGCUUGGCGCGCACCAUACGCAAUCUGCUGCACACUUCGCAGCAGCAACCGGAUCUCACACAGCCCAGGCUGUCGCUCAGCGUCAGCUCAGCGCAGCAGCGCAAGUCAACUUGCCUGAAUUCCACGCUGGAGGCCAACAGCAGCAGCAGCAACAUUAAGUGCAGCAAUGCGGAGAUGUUGUUCAUGCGCGCCAACAAUAUGCGUGACUCGCGUUUAUCGCUGCGCAGCUCCACCGACAGCUCAGUGCAUUCCACCAUCUCGUCCACAGCCUCGUCUAGCUCCAAGACUGAAACCGAUGAGGAACAGCACAACAUUGCAGCCAACAAUAGCAGCACCAGCAGCAGCAGCAGCAGCGGCAACAAGCCAGCUGGCAAUGGUUCUAGCACUGAAGAUGAGAGCGGCUUUAGUUCGAUUUCAUCGUUUCAUGAUGUUGGCCUGCCGCUCAGCUCGACGCUGCGUCAUUCGCUCUGCAACGACAGCCGCAAUUCAACUUUAAAGUCCACGCUAAAUGCAGUGGGCGUGCCUGCAGCCACGCCGCCCUCAACACCAGCAGCAACAGCAGCCGCCGCUCCAGCCUUGUCGCCAGCCAAAACGUAUCGCAUUGCGAAUCGCUAUCAACGCUUCUCCACGCUCUCCAAUGAGGACGCCGCCGCUGUGCUCUGGGUCUAAGUUUUGUUUUUAGUUUGUUUCUAUAUGUAGUGCCUUAGUUUAUGUUUAUCACAUGCCAACCAACUAUAUAUGUUCGGUUGCGCCGCAUUUCAUUUCUUUGUAAAGUGCAGUAUUUAUAAUAAAUUUUACAAGCUCCAAGUUCGCAUUGCCUCAAAUG